AUGCAGCUGCCAGUGGGUGCCAGGUUCGUGGCCUGCAGCAGGCCUGGUAUCCCACCUGCCCUGCCCCCAGCCAGAGCCAUGACAGAUCGCCUGUUGGCAGAGCACAGCAAGAUGGACAAAAAGGUGUUUGUAGGAGUCUUCAAGAUGUUUGACAAGGAGGGCAAUGGGGAGGUGAAGACGGGCUGGAGCAGUAUCAACCUCACCAGGAGUAAGAUGGCCUCCAUGGCCAAGGACUCAGACGAGACAGUGUAAGCAGGGCAGGGUGGGCUGGCCAGUGUGUAUUGAUCCAGAGAAGACCUAGAAGAGGGCAAGCUCAGGGCUAGUUUCUGAGUUUUCCACAAUGAGAGCAAGUGUUACAUCUACUGGAACACGCUUGUGUGUGUGUGUGUGGGGGGGGCAGUUGAGAGAUACAGGGCUUCAGGGUGAGCCCCUCAAGGUGGAGGCUGAGCAGAUGAUUAAGGAGGCCAAUGGGGCGGGACCAUUGACCCUGAGGGUGAGGGGCAACCCAGGAGUGAGUGGAGGUGCUGACUUGCC